AUGGGAUCAUUUUACUCCAAAAUCUGACAGAUUCUGUAUAGUGAUAAAGGGAGACGAAUUUUAAUUCUUGGGCUUGAUGCAUCUGGAAGAACAACCAUGCUUUACAAGCUUAAGCUUGUUGAAGUAUUAUCCUCAAUUCCAACAAUUGGCUUUAGUGUUGAAAAAGACCUCAAUCGAAAAUAUAAUUUUCAAAUCUGAGAUAUUGAUGGCCAAUUGAAAUUAAGAGAUUUAUGGCAUUCCUACUAUAAAGACACAGAAGCUGUUAUUUUUAUCGUUGACUCACCUGAUCGAGAAAGAGUUGAAGAAGCUACUGAAGUGCUUCAUGAAAUGCUUGAGAAUGAGUUGAUUAAGGGUAUUCCUUUGCUAGUCUUUGCAAACAAGCAAGAUUUACCACAUGCAAUGACAGUUUUAGAAAUAGCUAAUAAAUUGGAUCUCCAUUCUAUUAGAGGAAGACCUUUGCUCAUUCAAGCAGCAUGUGCUAUUGCUGGAGAAGGAAUUUAUGAAGGAUUAGAUUGGCUUAGAUCAAUUUUACCAAUAAAAUAUUAA